AUGCCAUCUCAAACUGGCUGGACGCAGCUCGAUAUCGCCAUUGUCGGCGGUGGAAUUGGCGGCCUGGCAGCGGCCACUUCCUUGCGAAGGCAGGGACACAAAGUCGCCAUCUACGAGAGAAAUGAUUUCGCCGGCGAAGUUGGCGCUUCAAUCUCAUGUGCUGCGAACGGUACCAAAUGGCUGGAGGAGUGGAACGUGAAUAUUCCGCUCGGCGACCCCGUCCUGCUGAAGAAACUCAUCAGCCGUGACUGGAAGACUGGCGAGCCAGUUAGCGUCUAUGAUCUGCAUGACUAUAAGGAACGCUGGGGAUAUGACUACAACAUGUUUCAUCGACAGUAUAUGCACAAAAUGCUGAUGGAUAGCGCUGUGAGCGAAGAGGGCGAGGGCAUCCCCGCCAAACUUAUCGUGAACCACAAGGUUGAAAAGGUGGACCUUGACACUGGUGACAUCACGUUCGCCAACGGCGCCAAGGCAAAGCACGACGCGAUCAUCGGCGCUGAUGGUAUUGGAUCAUCGCUCCGCAGUAUUUUUGGCAUCGAGGCAUCUCGUAAACCUGCAACCUGUACUUGCCUCCAUGCUAAUGUCGAAACUGCAAAAGCUGUUGAGUUGGGACUCGUUGACUAUUCCCAAAACAGCGCUCUCGAAUACUGGGGUGGAUACGAUACUCACUACAAGAUUGUCCUGUCUCCUUGCAAUGGUGGCACCCUUCUUUCCUACUACUGCUUCUUCCCAAGAGAGGCAAGUGACUUGGCCCACCACAGCUGGGACCAGGAAGCCACUGUAGAGGAGCUUCUGGCCCCGUAUCCUGACUUGGACCGCCAAGUGUUUAAGCACCUGGCCAUUGGGGCCGAGGUACGACCAUGGAGGCUUUGGCUUCACGAGCCCUACCCGUUUUGGCAGAAGGGAUUGGCAUGCAUAAUGGGAGAUGCUGCUCACCCAAUGAUGCCCGACCAGAGCCAAGGUGCCUGUCAGGCAAUCGAGGAUGCUGCAGCUAUUGGCCUCGUAUUCAGCAAGAAAAACUUCAAUGGUGACAUCCGGGAGUCUUUGGAGGUUUACGAAAAGGUUCGGAAGAAUAGAGCUACUAAGGUCCAGUCAGCAUCAGCCCGAGCCCGCGAGAAUAUCAAUGAGCGCAUUGGAUUUUCGAGCAAUACGAAUACCCCAGUGUACAAGGUUUCUGACGAGACCAACAAGCUCACAAUUGAGGAAAUGAAUCUGUACGAUAUGGACGCUCAUGUAGAGCAAGAAUUUCAGGCACGCAGAGGAAAUUAG